AUGGCACCGCUGACCUACAAAGAUGUGGCCCUCGAGUCCAUCCUCAAACUUUUGCAGGAGAAUCCUCGCCAGAAGCCUCCGCAUCUGUUCACCAUCCGCAAGCACUUCAAGCAAACCAUGGACGAUCUCGAACGCCAGCUUUCGCCGUCGUGGGCCAAGAUUCUCCACAGAAGACUUAAGGAGAUGGCCAGCAAGGAAACUCUCGUCUCCGAUCCCAACAGCAUGAGAUUCGGCUUCAGCCCCGUCGCCAAGCGCGGACUUCUCUCGACCCCUAUUAGCUCGCCCAAGAAAAUCCCUCAGCUGGUCCAGGAAUUCUCGACCCCGAAGCGUAAGCGCGGCUCGCCCCAGGGUCUGUCGAGCGUGCGAUCAUCCGUCACCGCCUCUGGCUCGACCUCGGUCCCGCGCGUUACCAAGCGCACCCCUAAAACCCCGGUACAGACCCCUCUCAGGGGCAAAGGGCAGCCUAGCUCUUCUCUGCCGGGCACUUCUGGCCGUUCCCUCUUUGAUCUCGAUCACGACGACAACAUCGAGGACGACUACCACGACACCUUUGAGCGGUGCCAGGACCUCGAGCGCAGCCUCAAGGAUGCGCAGGAGCGGCUCUCUGCCAUGAAAGAUAUAGAACGCCAACUCCAGGACGCCCUCUUGGAAAAGGAGGUCCUGCAGCGCCAGUACAACGCCCUCAUAAUCACCCGUCGCAGCGAGCCGGUCAUCUCUCGCGAGAUUGUCUCGGGCCCCGUCCUGGGCGACUCGGUCCUCGACAGCAUGGCCAUGCACGACGACGAAGCCUUUUUCGAUGCCGGCGACGCCCUCGAUGACAACGACGACAACGAUAUUAACGACGACAACGACGAUAAUGACGACAACGACACCGAAGUCGGACAUGCCUACAGCGAUUACGCACACGACGUCUCCGACGAUGGCACCCGACAGGUGCCCCAGGGCACAUGCUCGCAGCGCUCCGUCGUUAGCGACAUCAGCAGUGCCAUCGAAGACACCACUCACUUUGAAAAGCCCAGCGAGAGCCACGGCAGCAGCUCACGCGGGCCUGCCCAGCUGAUUCCGAGCAGCAGCGACCUGAUCCCGUCCCUGGUGGCGUCCUCCAGCGACUUGCCGCACUACUCGCACCUGUGCGGCUCGGAGAUGCAGACCUCGGAGGAGCGGUUUACUGCUGAAGAGCGCGAGAGUCUCAUGCGCCAGCUCGAGCACUACAAGGCCACCCUGUCCGAGAAGGAGGCGCAGUACAACCGAGCCAUCCAGGACGUCAUGCGAGCGCACGAGAACCGCCAAAAGAGCCUGUUUGAGCAGCUCGAGCGCCACGAAGAGGAGCACCGAAAGGGCGCCACCUCCAUGGUCAACCUGGCGCUCUCGAACAGCAAGCUGGCUGCCGAGUGCGACGAGCUCACCCAGGAGCUGUCCAUGUGCCGAGCCGAGAUCGGAACCAUGAGGCUCUCCAAGGACACCAUUGCCAUCGAGGCCGAGGGCCUCCGCAAGUCUCUCAAGGACGCUCAAGAGCAAAUCGCCCGCAUCCAGGACGACUCGCGCAAGGCGCAGAUGGUGCUGAUGGAUCGUAUGACCGAAAAGGAGAGCGACAUCACCGAGCUCCAGACCCGGAUCCAGUCUAUGCUCCACAACCAGGACGAGCGCCGAAACAAGGCCGACGACCGGGUCGUUGAGCUCCAGCGCCGCCUCGAUGCCAAGAGCGCCGAGGUUUCGACCAUCCAGAAAGCCUCCGACAGCCGUCUCCAGGACCAGUCCGCCCACCUCGAUCGCCUGAUUGCCGAGCUCUCUGACAUGAAGCAGCUCCUGGAGAAGCAAGAGGCUCAAUCGCACCACCACAUUCAGUCGCUCGAGUCCCAGCUUAGCGUCGCCGGUGGCCUCAACAGGGAACUCCAGAGUUCGUCCGAGAGUCUCAAGCGCAAGCUCGACACCGUCACGCACGAAGGCAGCCUCCAGCUGACCGAGAAGCAUCAGGAUGUCGAGCGGCUGCAGGGCGAGCUGCAUGUCGAGAAGGAGAAGAACCUCGAGCUCAACACUAGCAUCAAGGCCCUCCAGACGACCGUCGCUACCCUGGAGCGCGAGAAGACCCAGUGGCUCGCGGCGCUGCGGGCUCUCGAGUCGGACAAGCAUACCUCAUCCCAAGCCCAUGUGGACCAAGUUAGCGAGCUCACCAAGACCAACGCCUCCAUCGCGCAGUCGCUGCACGAGUACCAGCAGCGAUGCCAGGAGCUCGAGCAGGCCCUUGCGGCCCGCGAAAGCGCUCUCCAGACCCUGCAGGCCGCCAUCGAGACUGCCAAGGCCGCCCAUCGGGCAGAGCUGGCUCGAAGCGCGGAGCAGCAGUCUCAAAAGGAGCAGGAGCUCUCGAAGCAGAUCGCUGUUGCCCAGGACAAGAUCAUAACGCUCCAGACCAAGAUCGAGCGCGACCACCGCCGCCAUGUCCAGCUGCAGGAGGAGUACGAGCGCUACAAACACGAGCAAAAGACCCGGUACGACGAGCUCAACACCCGAUACCAGCUCGUGGUUCUCGAGUCCGGCGAUCUCGGAACGGUCAACGACGCGGCGCGCCAGGAGCUCGACAGCCUCCGACGCCAGAUCGACAGGCUUGAGGACGAAGGCCGCACCACCGAGGCCAAGUACGCCCUUGAGACCGCCGACCUGCAGUAUGAUCUAUCGAUCGAGCGAAAUCAAAAGUCGAUGCUGCAGCACGAGCUGCGCGAGCUCAAGACCCGCCUGCAGCAGAUCCAAGACAAGGCCCAGAGCCGCGAGAGCGAGCUGCAGCAGGAGCUUGAAGCCCACAAGAAGCAGGAUCAGGUCCUCAGCACCGAGACACAGUCACUGAGAAGCCAAAAGUCGCAGCUCGAGAACGAGAUCCAGUCUCUUCGCGCGUCCAUCGAGUCUCUCCAGGCAGAGUCGCAGCAGCGCAGCCAGGAAUACGAGAAGCAGCUGGAUCUUGCCAAGGUGCGCGAGAACGCCCUGAUGGACGAGAUCGAGGCAUACGAGGAGCGGGCUCAGACCUGGAAACAGAAUGCCGCCGCUGGCAAGGACAAGUCGAUGUCGAUGGUCAGCAACGCACUCCCGGUGCUGCAAGACAUGCAUCUCAGACAGAAGCAGCUGGCCGAAGAUGCCGCCAAGCUCUCUCUGCUUUUGUCGUCGUUCAAGGAGGCCCUUUAA